AUGGACUUCCUCCCUUUACCAUCCCUCCCCUCGGCCCCUCGUCAGUCAUCAUCCGUCAACCCACACUCAAGACACUUUCAUUCCUUCCGCCAUCCCCUGUUCAUCAAACAUCCCUCUUCAAUCACCCAUAUUCACUUCAACCCUGCCAAACCACACCGAUAUGCCAUCACAUCCUCAACGAGGGUGUUGAUAUACGCACCCAGGACAGGUAAAGUCGUAAAGACCAUAUCGAGAUUCAAGGAUACAGCCAGAUCAGGUGAAUUCAGGAAAGAUGGGAAACUGUUGGUAGCUGGUGAUGAUGAAGGUCAGAUCCAGGUGUUUGAUGUGAAUUCUAGAGCAGUGUUGAGGACGAUGAAAGGGCAUAAUCAACCGGUCCGAGUAACUCAUUUCUCUCCUCAUCUCCCACAAAUUAUCUCCGCGUCAGACGACACCACCGUAAAACUAUGGGAUUUAUCCACUCAAACAUGUUUGAACACCUUUGACUCUCAUACGGAUUAUGUCCGAUCUGCUAUAUUCCACCCUACCAACCCGUCUUUGAUGCUGUCUGGUUCGUACGACUCGACCAUACGAUUACACGAUUGUAGAUUGCCCGAAGAGAGCAGUGAUGUGAUUACCAUGAGACACGGUGGAAGUCCUGUAGAAGACAUAUUGAUGUUCCCCUCUGGAGGGAUAGGUGUAUCUGUCGGUGGACCCAUAUUGAGAUUAUGGGAUUUAUCGAUGGCAAGCAAUAAUAAAUGUAUUAGAGCAUUAUCAAAUCAUCAGAAAACCAUCACUUGCCUAUCAUUUGACGGAGAGAAGAAGAGGGUGUUAACGGGAAGUUUGGAUACGAUGGUUAAAGUUUAUGACAUGGAGGAUUGGAAGGUGGUUCAUACGAUGAGGUACCCUGCGCCAGUUUUGAGUCUGGCUGUUUCGCCCGACGAUACUCACAUCGCAGCAGGUUUGACAGAUGGCACCCUCUCAGUGCGUCGACGUGACCCCAAAGCAUCCGAGAUAACAGAAGAUACCACAUCGAAGAAUUUAUCGAUCGUAGGUGGAUCAUACGAGUACUUUGCAGAUAUGGAACAGAUCUUUGGCAAAGGUUAUUUGAAAGCUAAGAAAUCGGAGUUACCACCUGCGAAAGGUGAUGUGGACGAAUAUAGAGUUGAGACUAGACGGAAGAGGAAGUUGAAAGAGUUUGAUAGGUAUCUGAAGGGAUUCAAAUAUCAAGCUGCAUUGGAUGCUGGAACGAAAAAGACCGUCAAACCGACUACUACCUUCGCACUGAUACAGGAACUCAUACAUCGUGAUGCUCUACGAGUCGCUCUAAGUGGAAGAGACGAUGUAUCGUUAGAACCUAUAUUAUCGUUCUUGUUACGAUACGUUACCGAUCCUAGGUUUGGUGAGAUGGCUUCGGAAGUGGUAGGAGUGAUAAUAGACCUCUACACGCCCAUACUCGGCCAAUCACCCAUCCUGGACGAGAUGUUACUGAGACUACAAACCCGUAUAGAAAGGGAGCUGAAUUUCCAGAAAGAAUUGAUGAAGUUGAAAGGUGGACUGGAUAUGACGCUGAGCCAGGCUGCUAUGAGCAAGGUGAUAGAUACUGCAUAG